AACUUUGCGCCGUUGGCUUGGAUUGUAAUUCCCAGAACUUCCAUCUUUCUCGAAUUAUUUUCUCUAUUUUCCCAUUUUUGUCACUCCCAUCCAUCCAUCCGUCCAUCCACCUUCCUUCGUGGCCAGUAUUCCUUGCUAGGCCAAACUGAGGCCGGAACGUGGUGGUUUGCCGACGACGAUAUCCCCGAUGCGCGAGCCGGCGCAACAAUGACGGUCAUCGGCCCCUUGACAACGACGUUUCGGGCCCCUUCAAGUUGCACGACAACCUCUCCACAAGUGUACCAGAUCUGGUCCGCAAGCCACUCGCGUUACGUCGAGGGUCCUCUUUUCACCUCGGGCAGCUUCGACUGCUUUCCCAGUGGCUACGACCCGGCGCCGACCAACUAUUACUCGCCAGGAUGGUGUCCAUACGGGUAUACAACGGCUUGCUCGAGUCUCGCGUCUGCCCAUAGGACGACGGAGACGGCCGUCAUAUGCUGCCCCACCAAUUUCCGAUACACCUGCCGCGCUUCUGCCCUUUCGAAUGGGCACUCGAUAGGGUGCACGACCGCAUGGACCAACGCGAUGGCCGUCCUCGGCGUAACGGUGGUCAAGAAUGGCGAGGUUCGGACGACGACGGUGGUUUCCGAGACGUCCAACGCCAUCACCGCGUACGGGAUCCAGGUCCGGUUCAAAUCCAACGAUCCGACUCCGACGUCCUCCGACGAUGAUCCUGCAUUCUUCGCCGCCAGCCGCACUCCAUCACCCGCGGCCUCGAGCUCUACUCAUCUUCUCGUUCCCACCCAACCACCCUCCUCCUCCUCCUCCUUCUCCUCUUCCACCACCUCCUUUUCUUCUUCUUCCUCCUCCUCCGGCGGUGUUAGCACCUCUGCAGCAAUCGGCAUCGGCCUCGGAUCGGCGGUAGCAGCCCUGCUACUCGCCGGCGCGAUAGGCCUCUUCUUCUUCUUACGCUGGCGGAGGAAAAAGAGGUUAAAGAAAGCACCGUCUGAUAUACCCCCUCCGGUCCCACCCAAGGACAAAUUCCCGCCAUCGUCGCGCUCGCCAUUCCCUUACCGUACAGUUCCCCCACCCUACGAGCUGUCGGAGGAGGCCGCCUCACCACGGCGGCGGUCCAUGUCCAUCUCCAAACAGCGCCUGUCCUUCUCGCCCGCUACCGGGACGGCACCUACUACCCCGGGAGGGUUGAGAGAUAGUGGAGUGCUGGCGGGCCAGGAGGCGGCCGAGCUGGAAGUGCCUGGCACCAUGACGGUACGCGAUAGGGCGACGCCCGAAUCGGAGAGGAGUGGGUGGACGGACAGGCACGCCCGGGUAGGAAACAUGACGAUGCCUUGGAUUUGAAAGGGGCUGUUGAUGAAGGACCGAGAUCCGAACCCACCCUGGGCCAGAUUUCGAGCUCUCUGCAGUUCACUGCGCUCCAUGAUCGAUACGAGGAUGGAGGGGUUGUCGACUUGAUGAUGCGAUCUCCGGGGCCGGGCCAGUGUGGCCACCGUACGAAGUAAUAUGAACCGCCUGCGACCGCUGCAUUAUCCAGGCUUUUGUAGUACGACUAUCUUGGGAUGGAUUUGGUUGGCGUUGGCUGCAGGCUGGAUUUUACCUCUCUUGUGAUAUCUUCUUACCUUGCACAUACGCUUUGUAUUUCUAUUUGCGUUUACGCUCCACUUGGUUAACGAGCCAAGGCAAAUGUAGCUUGGGAAGGGGCUGCGCCAAGAGCCAGCUAACAUCCUGAGAAUGUGUGUAUUCUU